CGCCCGCCGCCACCAGUGUGCCGGGUACGCUAGACGACUGCUGAUGACCGUCGUUCGGUGUGCCGUCCGCCGUAACCGCCGCCCGACGAUUUGCGGCAUUUACGUUCGCGUGAUUUCGCGUUUUUUAAUUUGUUUUCUUAGUUUCGGUAUAUUAUUAUUAUUAUCGCAUUAAUUUGUCGUAACCACCCUCGCCGCCGCCGCCGAGUGUCUCGCGUCGAGUAUAACGACAGUUGUAUUAUAUAGUAAUAAUAAACUUGAUAUAAUACACGCACCGUGUUAAAAAUCGAGAGACGUCGUGAAAAUCAAACUAGCCAUAGUGCCGCCGGUACGCGUGUGCGUUGCGGUUCGUUUCGCGGAGGUCGCCGAUCGUUUCCGUUUUCCGUUUCCUGUCCACGAGAUUGGAUAUCAUCGUUUCGCCGGCUGCGAGCAGCUAACCCACGAUCAGACACCAGGAAUUCGAUUUAUCGAAGAUUCGAGUGCUUCGACGUGUUCAUAAACAAAAUCUUGAACUCGAGACUAGACAUCUGUCGAAACACAGAUGAUGUAUUACGGCAUGGGCGAGAUUUCGGUUUAUCCCCAAGUUUUGGCAUAAGACAUUGGAGGAUAGACGGCGUCAGCGUAUAUUAUAUUCCGAAAGAGUAAUGUCCAACACGUUUUCGGAUAACGUCGAUUGAGACGCUGUUGUAUCGAUAACCAGGUGGUGCACGAGGAUACGGCCAGGAGAUAGAGUCAUCCUGUCGGGAGCACAGAAAUCGCCAUGACUUUCAGGCUGGCAGAGUCAGCGACUGGGCCGAAGAUUCGACGCCGCCCGGCGUGAUGUACGCCACAGACACAGUGCCACGUCGACGCGUGGCCCAGACGACCGCAACUACGACGACAACGAUGAUUUUCGUGGCAGCCGUGAUGGCCACCGUGCUGGCCACGGCCGCUGGCUGCCCCAUUGGAUGUAUGUGUAAGUGGAAAGGUGGCAAGCAAACGGUCGAGUGCGUCAAUCGGAGCCUGUCAGCCAUACCGAAUGGCAUGGACGUCGGCACCCAGGUAUUGGACAUGUCGGGAAAUUCGAUGGACGCACUGUCCAGGGGCCGGUUUAUGUCAGCCGGCUUGUCCAACCUGCAGAAGAUCUUCAUGGCUCGGUGCCGGAUCACGUACGUGGACGACGCCGCGUUCCAGGGACUGUCCAACCUGGUCGAGCUGGACCUGUCCGACAACGGGAUCACCGACAUACCGACCAAGUCGUUCGACGACUAUCCGCAGCUGAUGAAAUUAGUGCUGAGCGGCAACGCGGUAACGGUGGUACGGACGGCCGCGUUCAAGCGGCUCGCCUACCUGACGGUGCUCGACCUGAGCCGGUGCCGGGUGUCCACGAUCGAGCCGGGUGCGUUCGACGGCUUGCACAGCAUCGAGUGGCUGCGGCUCGACCACAACCAGAUAGUGCGAAUCGAGAGCGCGGGCGCGGUCGUGCUGCCACUGUCGCUGCACGGCAUCGAGAUGCACCACAACCCGUGGACGUGCGACUGCCGGCUACGCGACGUGCACCAGUGGUUGAACAACAACAGCGCGCCCCACACGGUCGAGCCGACUUGCCACGGGCCGGACAGACUGCGCGGCAUGGUCAUCCGCAAGCUGGACGCCGAGGAGCUGGCGUGCGCUCCGGUGGCAGCGGCUGCGUCCCCCGAGUACGUGGAAACUGACGCCGGCAAGAAUGUGACGCUCGCGUGCAGGGUGACGCCGGCCGGGCAGGCGCGGGUAUCGUGGUGGUUCGAGGGCCGACAGGUGGCCAACAGCACUACGUCAGCUGGCGUGGAGCUGACCGUCGAGGACGUCGGCCCCGCGGACAACGGCACGUACGCGUGCGUGGCCGAAAAUCGGGCUGGCUGGGCCGCGUGCAACUUCACGGUGCGCGUGAUACAAGAACCGUCCGAGGUGGCGGCUGGUUCGUAUCCGCCGGACCAGCCCCCACCAGCCCUGCUGGUCAUCGUGCUGGCCGGUUCGGUGUGCUUUGUGGCCGUGGCGGUGGUUUGCGCGGUAAGCUGCCGGUUGCUAGUGGCGAAACGCCGUCGGCGUCGUGACCACGCCGGGCGACCGGGCGGCAAAUCCGGCGGCGCCGGGGGUGGUGAUGCGGGGGCCGACGACCCGUCCAACAGUGGACAGGGGGCCAAGACGACGUCUGACAUCAGACAAUCGGACUCGGUGAACCUUACCGUUUCGUCCACCGUCGACGGCAAAUUGUCGUCGGCUGAGGACGUGAGCGUGUACGGCGAGUAUGACGCGGCCGCCGGCCCAGGGUCGUCUGCCGGUUACGAAGUGCAUGAGGUAAUGCACGUGGGCGGCGGCGGCGGUUACGACGCGUACCAGCAGGUGCACGUGGCCCAGGGACAUCCGGCGACGACGACCGCGACCACCACCCUGGAGGCCAAUCCGGAUCUGAUCAGCGACGCAUCCACCGUGAUCAGGGACAAUGGUGGUGGCGACUACCGCGACGCCACCGACGAGGUGUACAAGAUAACCGUACCACCGCCCCCAUCGUGCGGCCGAGACUUUUGGUCGACUUCCGGUGCCGUAUACCCGUCCGGCGGCGGCUGUGGCUCGUACGAAUUGCAACUAUCGCCAGGCAAGCUGACCGCCGGCGAACCAUAUCCAGCCGAUUAUGGACUGCCCAAGUUAUCGUCCGGCCAGUAUCCGAUGCCGGCGCCACCAUCAUUGUACCGGACGCUUCCGCACCGACGGAACGCGGCAAAGCCGCAAGGCCGGUCGUGCCAAGAAGCCGAGUUCGUGCUGUUACAGCAGCAUCACCAUCAUCACCAUCAUCACCACCAACAACAGCAACAGCAACAGCACCAGCACCACUUGAACCGGUACGAACCGCAAAACAUCCGGUACAACCAGCAGGGAUACCCGUACCCGGCGUCCGCAGUUGCCGCGGACGCGGCGUACUACGCGACGGCCGCGGCCACUUUUUACGAACCACCAUCGUUGUCGAACGCGUCCGCGCAGACACUUGACGAUGAAACGAUGGUCAUGAUGAUGAUGAUGCCACCGGCGCCGCCGCCGCCGCCACUCGUGACCGGCGCCUCAGCGUUACCCACAGCGGGCAGACAGCCACAACACUUGUCCGCCGAACAUGCGGCAAGUCAGCACAAGGCCGUCACCGCCGUGCAAAAGCAGCCGGCCACCACGGAGAGCCCGGACGAAGGGUACGUGGGCGAAGGGCCUGACUCGUAGAUCGGUUACAAGCCGCGUCCGGACGUCCGGCCCCCGACGUAGACGACUGGAUGCCGUACCGACAGUCGCUUUGUGACGAGCGCCCGUCACUCAUACUUGUACAUAAUUCGAUGAUAAUAUUAAUAUUAUAUCGUUAUAAAAGCUGUGAAAUAUGUAAUAUUUUUUUGUUGUGCGUUCUUGUUGACAGGUCCACACCGUAGAAAUAGCAUUGUAAAAAUAUAAUUUCAUAUUUGUCGACCAUUACACACACACACACACACACAAUCACACCCUGUAAUAGACGCUUUUCUCCGAUCGUUAUAGUUCGGUAAUCGAAGGGCGCAAUACCGUGCGUCGUGGACCGUUAAAGUUAAACGACGUCAUUAAAUUAUAACACUUAUAAUAUUGCUCUAGAUAAUAACCGAUCUAGUCAUAUUUAGUUCCGUUCGAAUCCUACGCUGCUGAAAAUGUAAUCUGCUUAAUUGUAUGUAUUUGUGUAUUUAUCUCAAUUAAUGUACCUAGUAAAUUUUUUUUUUUUUUUAUGAAUGUGCUAAAGCUAUGUUUUUUUUUAACGGCAAUAGGUCAUAUGUUUGCAUCAAAUUCUGAUAUCGUCAAAAAAAAAUAAACUAUUACAUGAAAUAAUAAUUUUUAGCGCGACUUUUAUUUUUAAUUUACGAAUGGAAUAUAUUAGUGUUAAGUCGUUGUAACGACACUACAAUCUUUUUUUAACAACAAUGCUGUACAGAAUCUUAAAGGAAGUUUAUAUUUAUUAUUUUCCUUUUUCAUGUUAACUUUUUCCGCAUAAGAAGAUUGAGAUUUUCAAUUCAUAUCAUUAUUAUCAGAUUAAAUUUAAUUCGAAUUGAAUUAUCAUACUUAAUAGUUAAUUUUUUUAUAUACAUAUAUUUAUAAAUGCAUGUUCACGGCGUACCCACUCUAAAAACACUAAUAAAUGUAUUUACCUUCUCUCACGAAAAUAAAUAUAAUAUUAUAAUGCCUAAUACAAAAUUAAAAGGAUAUAAACUAUAAUAAUAUGAGAACCCAUAACCAUUAUGAAGAAAAAAACACAAUAAAGUAGUAAAACGAUUUCUUUUGAAUAUUCAAUUGUACUUGGCUCAAAUUUACACACCUAUAAUUUCCCUAAACACGGUUGGUCUGUCGAAAUAAUAAAAUUAUAUUUUAACCAUUUUACCACAGUUCACCGUGUUAGAGAUUACACGUAGCAAAACACGUUUCCAUGUGUUUUCCGUUCGCUUUCGGUAAACAUAUAAAUAUAUAAUUUGACGUACCAAUCGGACGGUCGACCCUAUUCGAUUUUAAAAUAUUACGACCUAUUCUUCUAGUGAAUCAAAAUACAUUGGUCGUGGCUGUAAUAUUAUAUUUUAACUCAUCCGUUUUGAACGGGAUUCGAUGAGUGAUUAAAAAGUGUAGUUAACUAUCGUAAUAAUAAUAAUGUGUACAUAAAUAAAAAAAAAAUGAAAAAAAAUGAAAAAUGAAUAUUAUGUAACUCGUUAAUAUUAAAAGAAAAGAAAGAAUACUCGCCGCAUAAAUCACUGCGAACGGCUUAAAUGGAACUUGGCUGUAGCACUGUACGGGAAAGCGGGAAACAGUGAAAAAAAAAUAAAAUAAAAAAUAAAUCUGCUGUGAGAAUUUACGUUCAGAAAUGUUUAGUGGAUUUAUUUUAAAGUCUCGGACGCGUGCGGGACUGCUCUUCCGCGAACCUCUGUGCUUUUUCGAUGAUUUAUAAUAAUUUUCCACGCCAUUAGGCCCCGGCACGGCCGUAGGAUUGAUGUAACAAUAAAACGCUUAGUUGUCCGAAACUAUGUCGGGCGGCCUAUAUGCACAGUAAAAAGUGUCCGACGCAUUCCACCGCGAACGGUUUUACUCUCUCGUGUUGCGCAUUCCGAGGAGGGGAAUUUAAUUUCGACGAGUCCGAAACGGUGCCGACUGUAAAUAACCCGACGAUUCGAUUCAAUACUGUUUACAACGCCCUGCUUCGUGUCCGUAAAAUUCACUUUACGAACCGUAUCGGCUAUAGUAAUAUAGAGAGCAGGGAGUGAGAGCGGGAGAGCGAAUAAUAAUAAUAAUAAUCGUCGUCACAAUAAUAAUCGAACGAGACGCGUUCGAUACCUAUACGUAAUUUUAUUAUUUUUUAAUUUCCCAAACACAACACCAACAUUUUGUAUUCGAUGGCUGUCGCCGCCGUAGAAAUAUCGCGUAAGACGCCAAAUUACUCCAACUGCAGCAUGAGUGUAGUCGGGCAGUCACCAAACCGUGCGCGUUGAAUAUAACUGUAGGUAUUCGACUUGUAGGUAACGUGUUACCAACAUUUUGUUACCUGCAUAUUAAAUAUUGACACGAGAUACGGUGAGGUGUGAGCCCGGCUUAACGCGUCUGACAUAAUAUCUAUAAUUAUUGUAAAUCAUUGUUUGUAAUAAAUAAAAAAACAACAAGAAAACUGAUAUACAUAAUAAUAAUAUAAUAGUAUAUAAUAUGUAUAUCAAUGGUCUUAUUUUAUGUUAAUAAUAUAAUAUAUAUAUACUGUUAAGCUAUACCUAUAUCAUUGUUGUAUAUUUACGUGUAUGUUAAUUAUUGUAGAAAUAUGUUGCCAUGCCGAUUCGAUUUGGCGUAUUGUUAUAUUGUAUUACUCCAUAAUAUUAUAGGUUCCCAUUAUAGUUUUAUUAUCAUCGAAGGAAUUAAAUAUUAGUGUUUUUUUACCAGAGAACCAUGAUAAUAUUAUGACAUUGUAUAUGUAAUAUGUAUGUACUAUAUAAAUAUAUAUUAUCGCUGAUUAUGAUAUUUAUGGUUAAAUAAAAAUAAUAAUUUAUAGUCAUUUAAAUAAAGCGUUCAUUAUUCGUGAUUAUAGUUCAACUAUGCCAUAUAUAACUAUAA